AACAAACUAUAACUCAUAACUUUAAAUGUUGUUUUUUUUUGGAGAGGGGGGAGGUUAGAGGUCGAGGGGUUUAGGGUCGAGGUGGAGUAGAACGACAGGGGCUACGAAAAUAUUUAUCAAACUGAACCCUUAUUGUUCCGCAUUGAUAAACAUCACACCGUCACGCGCACGUACCCAGCCUUGACCUGUGUGACCUAUGUGACGGUUUCCGCCGUGGGGCGUUCGUAGUUAGAUAACGCGAGCGAUGACCAUUUGGAACUGCUAUCCUCUCUCAUCCCCGUUCUAACCUCUUGUAGUCCUACAGCAGCUGUGUGCAGCAUGGCGCCCACGGUGAUCACAGCCUGCAGUGUGCGGGAUAUUCGCUUUCCCACCUCGCUAGAGAGGGACGGAUCGGAUGCCAUGAACAAGGCACCAGACUAUUCAUGUCCCUACGUUGUGCUUACUACAGAUGUGGUGGGUGUUGAAGGCCAUGGUAUAACCUUUACUGUGGGCAAAGGCAAUGAAAUAGUGUGUCAUGCAGUGAGGGUUCUUAGCAAGAUGGUGGUAGGCCAGAAAGUGAAUGAGAUCUACAGCGAUUUUGGGAAAUUCUGGCAAACUUUGACCAGUGAAGACCAGAUGAGAUGGCUGGGUCCAGAGAAAGGUGUGAUGCAUUUGGCAGUGGCAGCUGUCGUUAAUGCACUGUGGGAUUUGUGGGCCAAAAUUGAAGGGAAGCCACUGUGGAAAUUAUUAGCUGAUAUGGAACCAGAGAAGCUGGUGUCAACAAUAGACUUUCGUUACAUGCAUGAUGUUCUCACUCCUGAGGAAGCUAUAGAAAUGUUGAAAAAGUCACAGGAUGGAAAACAAGAAAGAGAAGCAGAAAUGUUAGCAAAGGGGUAUCCUUGCUACACAACAUCAUGUGGAUGGCUAGGUUAUGAAGAUGAAAAAAUUGAACGGCUUUGUAGAGAAGCACUGGAAGAAGGAUUCACAAGAUUUAAAGCAAAAGUGGGUGCAGAUAUUGAAGAUGAUCGCCGCAGGUGUCGUCUCAUUAGAAAGCUUAUAGGCCCUAACAAUAUUUUGCUAGUGGAUGCUAACCAGCGGUGGGAGGUACAGCAAGCAAUAGACUGGAUGAAGGAACUGGCAGACAGCAAGAUUACCUGGAUUGAGGAGCCCACAAGCCCUGAUGAUAUUCUAGGCCAUCUGCAAAUUGCUAAGGCUCUUAAUCCAUUAGGUAUUGGUGUGGCAACAGGCGAACAGUGCCAGAAUAGAAUCAUGUUCAAGCAGUUCCUCAAAUCUGGGGCCAUGCAGUUUUGUCAGAUUGACAGUUGCCGUCUGGGAGGUGUAAAUGAGAAUCUUGCAGUCAUCCUUAUGGCACACAAAUUCGGAGUGCCAGUAUGUCCUCAUGCUGGUGGAGUAGGUCUGUGUGAACUUGUCCAGCAUCUUUCAAUCUUUGAUUACAUCUGUGUGUCAGGAUCCUUGGAAAACAGAAUGACAGAAUAUCUAGAUCAUCUGCAUCAACAUUUCAAAGCACCAUGUGUUGUAAGAGAAGGAAAUUACAUUCCACCACAGGCAGCUGGCUACAGUGUGGACAUGAAAGAGUCUUCAUUGAAUGACUACGAGUGGCCUACAGGACGUGUUUGGCAAGACUUAAUUGCUAGUGGGAAAUACACUGCUGAAUAAACCUAUUAGAUUUCUUGCAGCUGUUGCCAGAUUUUAUAUUAAGCACUGCAGUAGCAGUGUUACUUUACUGUUCUAAUGGAUACCGAAAAAGAUUAAGAAUGAACCAUUGAAGAUCAAGCAGCUUUUUUUAAAAAAAAAAAUGAAAACAAUGUAUCCAGACUAUAAUUUGUCAGUGCCUGUUAUUUAAUCCACAAAAUUUAAUUGCAAAACUGAUUGCAUCAGAGAAAACCUUGUAAAGUGAAGAAAGUGUGAUUUGUAUAUAUGAAAGUAAUGAUAAUAAACAAAUGUGAUCAAA